UUAAACCCUAUCACCAAAGUCAAAACCCCAGAAAAACCUUUUUUUUCUUUCUCUUCUGCCAAGACCUCUCAACAAUCAGAGCACGAUGAUGCGUCAAGGUGGGGCCAGGCUCGCCGGAUCUAUGCUGGCCGCGUUCGACGCGCGCCUCUUCUCUCACUCCGCCACCGCCGCCCGUGGCGUGGCCAACGGAAAAUCUGUUUUGGCCGGAAUCAUGAACGGGAACGCGACCAAUACGUUAGGCGCGAGUUGGAUCGCCGGCGUCCGGAACUUCAGCGCCGUGGCGCAGCAGCAGCAGCAGGUGGAGAACGGUAAGCCAAGUAUUUCCAUUAGUGAGAACGAUAAGGCCGAGAAGAAGGAGAUUGUGAGUUAUUGGGGCGUGCCGUCUGGGAAGAUUGUGAAAAAGGAUGGCACCGAUUGGAGGUGGACUUGCUUUAGGCCAUGGGAGGCGUACCAAGCGGAUCUUUCAAUUGAUCUGAAGAAGCACCACGUGCCCGCUACGUUUAUGGACAAAUUGGCUUUUUGGACCGUCAAAUCCCUCAGAUGGCCGACUGACUUGUUCUUUCAGAGGCGAUAUGGAUGCCGGGCAAUGAUGCUAGAAACUGUAGCUGCUGUUCCGGGCAUGGUGGGAGGCUUGUUGCUGCACUGCAAGUCACUGAGGCGCUUCGAGCAAAGCGGCGGUUGGAUCAAAGCCCUGCUGGAAGAAGCUGAGAAUGAGCGUAUGCACCUCAUGACCUUCAUGGAGGUAUCCGACCCCAGGUGGUACGAGCGCGCUCUUGUGUUUACUGUCCAAGGUGUUUUCUUCAAUGCUUACUUCUUGGGCUAUAUCAUCUCUCCGAAAUUCGCUCACCGUGUGGUGGGUUACCUCGAGGAGGAGGCAAUACACUCGUACACCGAGUUCCUCAAGGAACUCGACAAGGGCACUAUCGAGAACGUGCCGGCUCCGGCCAUUGCCGUUGAUUACUGGCAGCUGCCGGCGGACUCAACCUUACGCGAUGUUGUCAUGGUUGUGAGAGCGGAUGAGGCUCACCACCGCGAUGUCAACCACUUUGCAGCUGACAUACAUUAUCAAGGACGUGAGUUGAGGGAGUCUCCUGCUCCACUUGGUUAUCACUGAGAGCCUAUAAUUUUGGGUUGCUUACUAUGAGGAAAGUGUGAGAAUUUCUUAAUAUCAAUAAGUAUUUUUCAGAAGUGAUGAUGGUAUCCGGCAUAUGCAUAUGGUCUGUAUUAUCAAUUUGAUUUUGUUGUAAAUACGUUAUGGAGUUAUUUGGGUGUGAACAUCUCCCUUUUCACUAAGGUUGUGGAGUUCUAUUUGUCAAUUAAAGUUGACCAAGGAACGAGUUUGUGAAAAAUGUAAGUGAUAAAUUAAGUUGAAAAAAAAUUAGGGUUAAAUACGUUUAACCCCGUGUGGUUUAACGUCUUUA